AUGUCCCGAUCACCCUCCAUGACUUCCUACGGCAAUGACGACUUAAGCUCCCCUGAUCCACUAGCAGCCUCUGUCAAUGACGAAUCCUCCCAUAGUAGUAUAGCAUUUGCACGCCGACAGCCCGCGCCGAAGUGGCCCUCCACCGCCACAACGACGAACACGGGCAGACCUGCGAGAACAAGCUCGUUCAGUUGCGAGGCCGUCCAAUCCUCCCCAUUUCGAACCGUGUCAGAACAAAAUUUGAGUCCCUGGAAGAUUCGGGUGACAGUGGAGGCACAACCAGAGGACGCGGACGUGGAAAGCAAUGCACCACUGAUCAAGGAGAGAGCGCGCAAGACAAAAAUACCACUACAACCCGAAUCCCCUCCUGCUGAACAGUCCAAUAUUUCUGCGCAAGGGAGGAAAUUGCGUUCAAAUUCGACAAAGAACAAGCGAAGCGGAACACCAGUUAGCGAUCGCAGGAAUUCUAGUCGCAGCAGGAGACAGAGCGUGACGGACCUGGACAUAAUACCGCUAGGAGAUGAUUCGGAAGAGGACGACUGGCUGAAACAGAAGAAGUCGCCACGGAAGAGAAGGAAUUCACGGAAGAGCACCUCUAAAGCAAAUACUGCAAGACAAAGCGACUCUCCGUCGAAACCGUCCAAAUCCAACCCCAGGUCUUCAAGCUUUGAAGUGCGACCAGAUACAGACGUCGAGAACAGUGAUGCGUCUAUGGAGCAAGGGGAUAUUAUGGCAGAAUCCCAGUCACCAGAGCUUCGCAAAAUCAAUCUCAACCAAGUGUCGGUACGACCUCGGGCGUUGUCGACAAAGUCUAACGUGGAGAAUGAUUACGAAAAUAAAGACACGGUUGUAAGCGAAAAGAUGAGGACAUCCGUGCAGCAGCAAAUGGAAGUUCGGAAGGUAUCCAUUAACAGCGCGCUGAGCUAUCCAACCCCAUCACCUACUUCCUCCCGCCACGGAGAUUCUGACGACGUACGGGGAGCUCCUGAUGAUAGGACUCUUCCAAAGCAGCAUGAAAAUGAUGGCUUUGACACAAUCCUGGAGAGCGAGGGAUUUACCAUGAUUGAUCUGGAUACUUUGCCAUCAGUGAAACGAUCUUUGAGCAGUCCUGCUGAUGAUGGACCAAACAGCGGCCUUCAUCCUUCGGAUAUAGACGAAUGCAAGACACAACCAUUAAUCGCUGAACCUUCAGGGAGAGCAAAAAGCUACCUGGCAGCUUCGAAUCCCUCCGCAACUCGCGACUCGGUCUCUUAUCCUGUCAUUAGGCCAGAUGAAAGUGAGCUAUCAAGCACUGUCCCAUCAUCCCCGCCAGCGUCGAAGAAGGAUCAAGCUCUUCUAAAAGUCCCCUCAUCAUCAACUGGUGCGGGUCGGAAGGUAACGCCGCUGCCGUAUUCAUCACCAAAACUGCCAUCACCACCAAGACAUAAUGUCCGAAGAACUCCGCAUCACCAACAUCGUGCCUCAGCCGGCGCCGUAUUUGCAGGCAUUGCAUUGCAAGAAGUGGUGUCGCCAGAUCAUCCUACCGAGAGCGCGCCGGUAGUAAAGCAGGAGACUCCUUCAAAUCAUGCCGGGGUGAACGAGAAUGGCGCUCUAUUCGUUGGCUUUGACUGUGGAACUCAACGCGAGCUGAGAGCCGGCCUUCGCUUUGGUGAAGAGCUCGCGAAGAGGUUGGCAUUACAUCCUGUGGAUCGACCGACUUCUUUUAAAGCUAAAAGCCUAGCAUCCGAUAAAGUUUCCGACGUGAAAGUCCCAGUGAUUUCUGGACAGCAGUGCCGUGAGCAGGUAUGGCGAGGAGAGAACUUGGUUCAGCACACUCCAGUCCAUACAGUUAGCAGCACAGAACAAAGCGAUAAAGUAUCAACGGUACAUACACCUCCGAAUCCUGCAGAGAAGCAUCCAGAGCAUUCAAUAAUCGACACGCAAGCAAGACGAGAACGAGAAUGGCAACUAGAGAGGGAGGCGGUCUCCCAGGAGAUCCAAAACGCAAGCGAAAGCCAAGUUAUUGUGAUUGACAGCGAUGAUGAGGAAGAGCAGCCCAUUUCAACUGCAGACAGACCGGAAGUAGCGUAUCCUGACAUCGAGGCUGAAGCGGAUGACGAAACAGAUAUCUGGCUUGUGGAGGCCAAGAAUUCGUCAAGUCCAGAGUCUGUGGCCCAGGCCUGCACCAAUAGCCUCUUUACCCGCCGCGAGCAAAUCAAGCAGCGACAACGGGCGCAGGAAGUUGUCAGCAGAGCUCGGAGAAGCCUGAUACCUAGCCCAUGGAAGAGGGGCGAGGAUGUUCAUGCUCCAGCAGAACAAAGUACGUUCUUAUCCACCGAUGCUGAGGCGAGCAGUUUGAUGUUCUAUAAUGUGCCCGAGAGCAAGAUCCGGUUCGGCGCUGGCGAGAUCAAGAGACAGCAAUUGAGAAACAGGAGGAACAGCGGGAAGUUCGACGUCGAUCUUAUGGCUGGCACACCGAAGAAGGCUGUCGAUAACCGAAUCGAGGAUAGCUCAGAUAUGGUCGCCUCUGAAGAAGACGGCGUAGAAGAAGAUGGCCCGGUUGUGCUGAAUCUGUCCAGUCCUGAAAGCCAGCGCGGAGCAACAACUGCAGAUGACAACCUAGACAUGGAGGACUCGACGAACGACAUCUCUAGAUCGAUCGUAUCUCCCCAUUCUUCUCCUCGGCCUAUUAAGAUCCCUGUCAAUUUCAACGAUUCAUCAAUAUCGAUGUCAACGCCACCUCCACCACUGGACCUACCCCGAGCACAGCGGCGCGAUUGGGGCGAAACGAGAGAUGACUCCCCCGAACGGCCACCCACACCUCGCUCUGCAAUGAAAGGCUCUCGGCAUACCUUCAAUCAGGGACUAGGGUUUGCGGGACCCGAUGCUACAAACGUGAUCAGAAAAGUCGUCUUUAGCCAGAGGUCUAGAGGAGUGGAUGUUGACGGUCAGGAAAGCAGCUUCAGUAUGCGAUCGUCGAAUGACGACUCCUUUGAGGAUUCUGUUGGGUUACAGUUGAAUCGAGAGUUACGGGCGAUCGAAACGGAAGCCAGGCAAAACGAUGAUGGUCAACCAGCGCUUCCCGCGAGAGACAAUGAAAGUCAGCGGACAGCGAGCGCUGAAACUGAGGCCAGAGACGACUUUUCAGCCGCCAAUCCCAGCAGAGGCUGGGUUAAUUGGAUAUGGGGAUCAAAACAAAAUUCAGAUCGCGACUCACAGACCAAAGAGCAAUUCGAUGUGGACCAGCCAGAAGUUCCCAUAAAGCCUACAACGUCCUCACGCGGCCCCGUCAAAAGCAGAGAGCAAUCUCAUGACUCAGGUUGGGAGAAAACCAAAGCCUCAAUCCCUUCGUCGACCGAGAUGUCCAGGACGACCGAAGCAAAGACUCACAGCAUCCCAUCAUACCUCACUCCACCAUCUUACCCAUCUGAUCCUCUGCGGUCGGUCAAGAAACCACUCGCUCUUAACGGUAAUUUCUCAAACACUCACUUCCGCACCCUCCACAUCAUCUACCGGAAAUCGCUCCGUCCCAAAUUCCACCCCCCACCUCGCGCGAUGAUUCGUCCGGAGAUCUGGGCACUCAGAGGAGCAGAGAUGGUGGUUGACGAAAGCGCCAAUGGACUCGUUAAGGGCGAGUUCGCUUGGACGGUGGGGGACGGGGAGUGUGAAGUUCUCGAGCGGUUUAUGCAGGAAUGCGAAUACAGCCACGGGUGGUAUAAGGGACGCAAGGUCAGAGCGGAUGCAGCAGACGAGAUCACGUGGAGUUGGAGUGUGGAACAGUUGGCGGAAUGGCUGUGUCGGAUUGUGGUUGGCGAGGUUGUGAGGGAAGAGGAGAAGAAGGCAAAGGGUCAAUGA